CUCUGCGGACACUCCACCUUCGUGGUCUCUUCCUCCUUCCGCAGGUGUGCGAGGGCCUCUCGGGGCAGAGGCGCUGCCCUGGGUGGCCGGCAGGGCCCGCGCGGCUGCUGAGCGCUCGGCGCAGGGAAGCCGGAUCCCCCGCCCGCGCGGCGCCGUGACAGGUGCAGGGUCUGGCUUAAGGACCCACCUGCGGCGGCGGCUGCGAUGCCCACCAUGCGGAGGACCGUGUCGGAGAUCCGGUCCCGCGCCGAGGGUUAUGAGAAGACUGAUGAUGUUUCGGAGAGGACGUCUCUGGCUGACCAGGAGGAAAUAAGGACUAUAUUCAUCAACCAGCCCCAGCUGACAAAAUUCUGCAAUAACCAUGUCAGCACUGCAAAAUACAACAUAAUCACAUUCCUCCCAAGAUUUCUCUACUCUCAGUUCAGAAGAGCGGCUAAUUCAUUUUUUCUCUUUAUUGCACUGCUCCAGCAAAUACCUGAUGUAUCACCAACAGGUCGCUAUACAACAUUGGUUCCUCUCUUAUUUAUUUUGGCUGUGGCAGCUAUCAAAGAGAUAAUAGAAGAUAUUAAACGACAUAAAGCUGAUAAUGCGGUGAACAAGAAACAGACUCAAGUUUUGAGAAAUGGUGCUUGGGAAAUUGUGCACUGGGAAAAGGUGGCAGUAGGGGAGAUAGUGAAAGUGACCAAUGGGGAGCAUCUCCCAGCAGAUCUCAUCAGCCUGUCCUCAAGUGAGCCCCAGGCCAUGUGCUACAUUGAAACAUCCAACUUAGAUGGUGAAACAAACCUGAAAAUUAGACAGGGCUUACCAGCAACAUCAGAUAUAAAAGACAUUGACAGUUUGAUGAGACUUUCUGGCAGAAUUGAGUGUGAAAGUCCAAACAGACAUCUCUAUGAUUUUGUUGGAAACAUAAGGCUUGAUGGACACAGCACUGUCCCCCUGGGAGCAGACCAGAUUCUUCUGCGAGGUGCUCAGCUGAGAAAUACACAGUGGGUUCAUGGAAUAGUUGUCUACACUGGACAUGACACCAAGCUAAUGCAGAAUUCGACAAGUCCGCCACUUAAACUCUCAAAUGUCGAAAGGAUUACAAAUGUACAGAUUUUGAUUUUAUUUUGUAUUUUGAUUGCCAUGUCUCUUGUCUGUUCUGUGGGCUCAGCCAUUUGGAAUCGAAGGCAUUCUGGAAGGGACUGGUAUCUCAAUCUAAACUAUGGUGGUGCUAAUAAUUUUGGACUGAAUUUCUUGACCUUCAUCAUCCUUUUCAAUAACCUCAUUCCUAUCAGCUUGCUGGUGACAUUAGAAGUGGUGAAAUUUACCCAGGCAUACUUCAUAAAUUGGGAUCUUGACAUGCGCUAUGAACCCACGGACACUGCGGCUAUGGCGCGGACGUCUAACCUGAACGAGGAGCUUGGCCAGGUAAAAUAUAUAUUUUCUGACAAAACUGGUACUUUGACGUGCAAUGUCAUGCAGUUUAAGAAGUGCACCAUAGCCGGAGUGGCUUACGGCCAUGUCCCUGAACCCGAGGAUUAUGGCUGCUCUCCUGAUGAAUGGCAGAGCUCACAGUUUGGAGAUGAAAAAACAUUCAGUGAUUCAUCAUUGCUGGAAAACCUCCAAAAUAAUCAUCCCACUGCACCAAUAAUAUGUGAAUUUCUCACAAUGAUGGCAGUAUGUCACACAGCAGUACCGGAGCGGGAAGGUGAUAAGAUUAUUUACCAGGCAGCAUCUCCAGAUGAGGGAGCCUUGGUCAGAGCAGCCAAGCAGCUGAAUUUUGUUUUCACUGGAAGAACGCCUGACUCAGUGAUUAUAGAUUCACUGGGGCAGGAAGAAAGAUAUGAGUUGCUCAAUGUCUUGGAGUUCACCAGCGCUAGAAAGAGAAUGUCAGUGAUUGUUCGCACUCCAUCCGGGAAGUUACGACUUUACUGCAAAGGAGCCGACACUGUAAUUUAUGACCGACUGGCAGAAACUUCAAAAUACAAAGAAAUUACCCUAAAACAUUUGGAGCAGUUUGCUACAGAAGGGUUAAGAACCUUGUGUUUUGCCGUGGCUGAGAUUUCAGAGAGCGACUUUCAGGAGUGGCGAGCCGUCUAUCAGCGUGCAUCCACAUCUGUGCAGAACAGGCUGCUCAAACUCGAGGAGAGCUACGAGUUAAUCGAAAAGAAUCUUCAACUACUGGGAGCUACAGCCAUUGAGGAUAAAUUACAAGAUCAAGUGCCUGAAACCAUAGAAACUCUAAUGAAAGCAGACAUCAAAAUCUGGAUCCUUACAGGAGACAAGCAGGAAACUGCCAUUAACAUUGGACACUCCUGCAAACUUCUGAGGAAGAACAUGGGAAUGAUUGUUAUAAAUGAAGGCUCUCUUGAUGGAACACGGGAAACUCUCAGCCGUCACUGCACUACCCUGGGUGAUGCCCUUCGGAAGGAGAAUGACUUUGCUCUUAUAAUUGAUGGGAAAACCCUCAAAUAUGCCUUAACUUUUGGAGUGAGGCAGUAUUUCCUGGACUUAGCUUUAUCAUGCAAAGCUGUAAUUUGCUGCAGGGUUUCUCCUCUUCAAAAAUCUGAAGUUGUUGAGAUGGUUAAGAAACAAGUGAAAGUCAUAACACUCGCCAUUGGCGAUGGAGCAAAUGACGUUAGUAUGAUACAGACAGCGCAUGUUGGGGUAGGAAUAAGCGGCAAUGAGGGCCUUCAGGCAGCCAAUUCCUCGGACUACUCGAUAGCUCAGUUCAAAUAUUUGAAGAAUCUGUUGAUGGUGCAUGGCGCCUGGAACUAUAACAGAGUCUCCAAGUGUAUCCUGUAUUGCUUCUACAAGAAUAUAGUCCUCUAUAUCAUCGAGAUCUGGUUUGCCUUCGUGAAUGGCUUUUCUGGACAGAUCCUCUUUGAGAGAUGGUGCAUAGGUCUUUAUAAUGUGAUGUUUACAGCAAUGCCACCCUUAACUCUGGGAAUAUUUGAGAGAUCAUGCAGAAAGGAGAAUAUGUUGAAGUAUCCUGAAUUAUACAAAACAUCUCAGAACGCCCUGGACUUCAACACCAAGGUUUUCUGGGUUCAUUGUUUAAAUGGCCUCUUCCACUCAGUUAUUCUGUUUUGGUUUCCACUAAAAGCCCUUCAAUAUGGCACUGUAUUUGAAAAUGGGAAGACGUCUGAUUAUCUGCUGUUGGGAAACUUUGUUUACACAUUUGUGGUGAUAACUGUGUGCUUGAAAGCUGGAUUGGAGACAUCAUAUUGGACCUGGUUCAGCCACAUAGCCAUCUGGGGCAGCAUCGCUCUCUGGGUGGUGUUUUUUGGAAUCUACUCAUCUCUGUGGCCUGCCGUUCCGAUGGCCCCUGAUAUGUCAGGAGAGGCGGCCAUGUUGUUCAGUUCCGGCGUCUUUUGGACGGGCCUGUUAUUUAUCCCUGUGGCCUCCUUGCUCCUUGACGUGCUGUAUAAAGUUAUCAAGAGGACUGCUUUUAAAACAUUAGUAGAUGAAGUUCAGGAGCUGGAGGCAAAAUCUCAAGACCCAGGAGCGGUUGUGCUUGGAAAAAGCCUCACAGAGAGGGCGCAACUGCUCAAGAACGUCUUUAAGAAGAACCACGUGAACCUGUACCGGUCAGAAUCACUGCAACAAAACCUGCUCCAUGGGUAUGCUUUCUCUCAAGACGAAAAUGGAAUCGUCUCACAGUCUGAAGUGAUCAGAGCAUAUGACACCACGAAGCAGAGGCCUGAUGAGUGGUCAUGAGUCGCGGGGCUGCAAGGCCAGCUCUGAUACAUCCUUUCGGGGAGUCCCAGGUCUUCACCAGAAUCUGCUGACCAAUUCCAGUCUGGUCCAAGGAGGGGAAAUGGAUCUGAGCUCAUCUCAUUGACUGACAUUCAGAUUCAUGUAUAUUAUAGACGUAAGCACUGUGCAACUAUACUGUAACACCAUCUCUUUCAGAUUUUCUAAAGUAUUUGCUAAGUCUUUGUAAACAGACAUUGAAAAUGACCUUGUAUCUUGCCAGAGUGUUUUUUUUUUUUCCAACUGAAAAAAGGUCAGUAUUCUUUUGCUGUUACUCUGGAGCUAUAACUAUCAGUGUCUUGGAUACACCACAAGGCUAUUCACGAUUAAAAAUCUGUAAAAUGGUAGUAAGUUAGAGGAACUCUUGAUAUCCAAAUUUAGAUUUCAGAACAUGCUCGGCAGGGGGGCGGGGAGGAAACAGCCUUCUUAAAGAAGCCACUCACUGGGCAAAAUUUCUAAAUGAGACAUUAAUGAUAAGUGUUUGUGUCAAAAAUUGUCUUGAUAAAUGUUUGCCAAAGAAGUUCAAUAAAUGUAUUACUAUUUCUCCUUCAGUAGUCAUUUGCCCAGAAAUUUACAAGAAAGUUUACCUCCAGUUCUGCUGUGAGAUCUGCAUGCCUGACUUUUCCAAUCUCAGAGUGAUUUGUAAAAAUGAGUAUUUCAAGGCAUUUGCUACUAAUAUCUGUGAUGUAGCACCUUUGGCCUUACAAAUGCUUCUUUCUCAUUUGUCUGUCUGUUCAGGUGGAAGUGCACAAGUGAUUAUGUGACUGUCGUUACAAUACUGAUUUUUAAAACUGCA